AUGGCUUCUCUCAACCUGUCGAUCAACGGUCCGUCAAUUCGGAGCAGCUACGAGUCCGUUCUCAACAGCACAAAAGCUUCGGCACCGGCACACUGGGCCUUGUUCUCGGUCCAGGCACCACUUCUCAACGCGUUCCAGAACUCUGGUGCCAAAGAGAGCAUUCUCAAGGUCGACGGCACUGGAUCGGGCGAGCUAGAGGAGCUGGUCGAAGACCUCAACGACGGCCGCAUCCAAUUUGCCUUUGUGCGCGUGCAGGACCCCAACAGCGGCCUUCCAAAGAACGUACUGAUCGCCUGGUGCGGCGGCGGCGUGCCGGAGAGAACAAAGGGGUACUUUACCAGCCACCUGACGGCCGUGUCCAAGAUCCUCCACGGCUACCACGUCCAGAUCACCGCCCGCUCGCAGGAAGACGUCGAGACCGAGAGCAUCAUGAAGAAGGUUUCCGACGCUUCCGGUGCCAAAUACACGGCCGGCGGCUCUGGCCCGGCUUCUUCCAGAGGUGGACCACCUCCGAUUGCCAAGAAGCCAGUCUACACACCUACGAGCUCCUCGGCGGCAAACCCGCUGAUUGCCGCUCGCAACCGGCGACAGGAGCACGUGGACGAGGAUGGUUGGGGGGCUGACGCUCCUCAGAUCACCCGGACUCAGCUCGAGAAGGUCCAGUCUGCCUACAAGCCGACCAAGGUCAAUCUUGCCGAGCUCACGAAGCAGCACCAGCCCGAACCGGCACCGCGUUUUGCGUCCAGCAGCAAGCCAGCCGGGGAGCACGGCGUCAUUGGCGGCGGCUACCGCCCGGUCGGAAAGGUCGACAUUGCCGCCAUUCGUGCUUCGGCCAAGAACAAGGAAGACGAGCGACCGACCAUCGUCAAGGGCGCCUACGAGCCGGUGGGCAAGGUGGAUAUUGCGGCCAUCCGCGCCAAGGCACGGACUGAGCACGACGACCGCCCGGUGGUUGUCAAGGGUGCCUACGAACCGGUAGGCAAGGUCGACAUUGCGGCCAUCCGGGCCAAGGCUCAAGUCCCUCACGAGAGCGACGAGCCGGCAGUCGAAUCGCCGACGCCAAAGUCACUCGCCGACCGGAGCGCUGCCUUCAGCGGGUCCCAGGAUGCGGAGCGGAUAACGUCUCUCCCCAAGCCCAAGGUGGCAAGCAAGUUUGCCGGCGCGUCUUCGUUUACCGGCACCAAGGCACCGACGCCUGGUGGCCUGGGUCUCGGCGCCGGAGCCGCUCCCAUUGCGCCGUUGGUAGGCAACGCCAGCCGCACAUUUGCCGACAAGGGUGGCAAGACGCCGGCGCAGCUGUGGGCCGAGAAGAAGGCCAGGGAAGGCGGAGGCUCUCACCCCUCGCCGGCACCGACAUCUCCGCAGGCAUCGCCGCUCUCGUCUCAGAAGAGUGGUGGCGAGUGGAAGAGCGGCUACAAGGGCAAGAGCUGGGCGCCAGUGCCGACGAGCAGCUUUGGCCACGCUGCCAUGACCGAACAGAGGACGGGAGAGUCGCAGUCGGAAGAGCCGCCAGCAGAGCUGACCAGCAGCAACACUGGAGGCGUUUCCGCGCUCCGUGACCGUUUCAAGGGCACCCAGCCCAUCGGCCAACAUGUCCCGUCGGCCUCGGCCAUCUCUCACCACGAACAACAGUCGCGGGACCUGCACGAGGAAGAGGACAGUGCACCACCGCCACCGAUUCCCUCGGCUUCCCGGCCGUCGGGAGGCUUCCAGCUUCCCGGGCUUCCAUCGCGGCCGCCACCGGCUGAGGAAGAGGAGGUGGAAGAGUCGCAUGAGCGGGAACAGUCGCCCAUCCGACUGCCUGUUGCUGUUGCCCGUGCUCCCUCGCCAGAACCGGAGCCGGAACCGGAGCCGGCGCCGCCACCGGCUUCCCGCCCUGUCCCCGUGCCGACGUACGAGGAAGAGGAAGAGGAAGCGCGGCCAGCAGAACCAGAGCACCACGCUGCUGCUGCUGCCAGUGGACUGAGUGCCCUGGUUCAGUACAGCUACGAGAAGGCCGAGGACAACGAGAUCGAGCUGGUCGAGGGCGAGUAUGUGGCCAACAUUGAGCAGGUCGACGCCGACUGGUGGAUGGGCACCAACUCCCAGGGCGAGACCGGCCUGUUCCCCAGCAACUACGUGGAGCUCGUGACCGACGAUGCCGAGCAGCUGCAGGAGGACGUGGACGAGGGUCCGGCAAUCGAGGCUGGUCACGCCGCCGUCGAGGAGCAUCCUUGGGCGAUUGCCGAGUACGACUACGAGGCUGCAGAGGACAACGAACUGAGCUUUCCCGAAGGCGCACACGUCACCGGCGUCGAGUUCCCCGACGACGACUGGUGGUUCGGCCACUACAACGGCCAGUCGGGUCUCUUCCCGUCCAACUACGUCCAGCUGCAGCAGUAG